AUGGAGUACAUGGGAAGCAAUAUAACAUACAACAAAGACAUAUACAGUGAGUUUAAGUACUACUGUGAACAGCAUGAGAUUGAAGUAAUGAGUAAAGGAGACUUUGAAACGCUUAUGAAAGACAGUAAGGAGGUCGUUCAUGAGAACAGUGUUGAAAUAGUUCAUGAGAACAGUGAGGAGGUCAUACAUGAAUGCAAUGAUGAAAUAGUUCACGAUGUCGUUCGUGAAGAAGCCAUUGCAACAAAGAAUGAUAUAAAGGAUUUCAUAGAACUUAACAAGGAGGAGUUUAAAGAAGGCUAUGAAGUGAAAAGAUGUGAAGAAGAUUUCUUGGCGUAUUUGAAGAAAAAGAACUAA